CGUGUGGGUUUUGUCGUGUUGAUUCUCUAAAGAUGACGGGAGGAAGUGUUGAUCCCGCGAAUAGUAAUGCAGGGGAUCGACGCAAUGACAUUCCGGAACUCGCACGGGUCAUUCGAGAGGCUGAUAAUCAGAAGGCGCAGCUGCCGAAAGUUCAAGUUCCCCUCUUCGAUGGCACCAAUGCCUCAGCAUGGGUGGACAAGUUUGAGCAAUUGGGCAGCUGUUGUGAAUGGACGAGUGAAAAGAUGCUUCAAAUGGUGAAGCGAUAUUGUAUGGUCGAGUACAAAGAAGAAGUGUCGGAGUUGGUGCAAACCUCACGCGAUUGGCCGGACUUCAAAGCCAAGUUAUUGAACAAGUACCAACUGGGGGAUCAACUGCUCGACCUAGCGGACUUUACGAAAGUUAGUCGUCAGAAGUUUGUUGAGCGGCGGGAAUUGAUGAAGGAUAUGACUGGGCGAUACGACUGGCCAAAGAUCAAGGAAAAUCUGUUGGCUGGAAGCUUCGACCAGAUGCUUUACCGUCUCCUAAAGCAGCAAAAGGAGGACCGCGAGAAGGAAGGGGUAAGCACGGACAAGGAUCAGGCCGUUUACAAAACCCUGACUGAUAUGCGGAACAUGAUGGUUGACAUGAAGGAGGAAAGGUUAAAGCUACAAGUGAUGAUGGUCCAGACGAAAGAGGGAAAAAGGAAGGGGAAAGCACCCGUUGUGGAGGAAGUGAGUAGUAGCAGCAGUGAAGAGGAAAACGAGGAGGAAGUGGAGCCCCCUCGAAAAUUGACCAAGGCAGAACGGAAGACCCUGAAUCAGAUACGAGGAGGGCAAGGCACUAGUAAAAAGCAGCGGAAGAAUAAUGGAGGAGGUGGACAAGGAAGCAACCAGGAACAGGCGGCGUAGGCCCCUCCUCAGCAACCCCAACCUCAGGUAGGAGGCCGAGGUCGAGGUAGAGGACAAGGCAUUGGGGGAGGUCGAGGAAAUGGGGGCGGCCGAGGCAAUUGGCAGAAUUGGUUUUGCAAGUACUGCGGACAAGAUGGGCAUGGGAUAUGGUUUUGUCAGACCGUUACCAAAGAUGAAAACGAUAAGGUUAUAUAUACGAAUAACUGAGGCGAGGUCUACGACUUCGAAGGGAACCUUAUCGAUCCCAAUGUGGAAGGAGGAAUGAGAAAGGAAGUUUUUCGACGUAUUGGGCGAGAUCUUCCAGCAACGUUUUGGCUUGCUUCCCCGGAAGAAGUCGAACAGAUUGAGUUGGAAGCGGCAAUGGAGUCAUUGACAAUUGAAGAUGCCAAGACCGCAGAUGAAGGGUUUAACAAAGAGCAGGAAAGGAU